AUCAGUUAAGACAUGAAUCUUGAUGGUCCGAAUGGAUCUCAAUCUCUUCCCUAAAGCUUACUUGACAUACAAGACAACAACAAUGUCUCCUUAGAUCAACAGUCUUUCGCGUCUCUUUCACCUUCACAGUCUCUCUCUCUCUCUCUCAAUGGGUAAGGAAGACGGAUUCAAAACUCAGAAGCGCGUCUCAACCGCUGCUUCCGGAGUUCUUCCGACGACGAUCGCGACUCCCGGAGGAAGAAAACCACCGCCACGUGGCAAACAGAUCAAGAAAACCUUCAACAACCUGAAAAUGACCAUCCUCUGCGGCCUCGUCACCAUCCUCGUCCUCCGCGGCACGAUCGGCGUCAACUUCGGAAAAUCCGACGCCGACGCCGUCAACAAGAACCUAAUCGAAGAAACCAACCGCCUCCUAGCCGAGAUCCGAUCCGACUCGGAUCCAACCGACCCGAACGAACCCCCCGACUCGGACCUCGACCUCAACGCGACCUACACUCUCGGCCCCAAGAUCACCAACUGGGACCAGCAGCGAGCCACGUGGCUAACUCAAAACCCUAACUUCCCCAGCUCCCUCGCCGGGAAACCUAGAGUCUUGCUCCUCACGGGAUCGCCUCCGAAGCCUUGCGACAACCCCAUCGGCGAUCAUUACCUCUUGAAGUCGGUGAAGAACAAGAUCGAUUACUGUCGGAUCCACGGGAUCGAGAUAGUUUACAACAUGGCUCAUUUGGACAAGGAGCUCGCCGGUUACUGGGCGAAGCUGCCGAUGCUGAGGAGGUUGAUGCUGUCUCACCCUGAGAUCGAGUGGAUUUGGUGGAUGGACAGUGACGCUCUGUUUACGGACAUGGUGUUCGAGGUGCCUUUGUCUAAGUACGAGAAUCAUAACUUGGUUAUCCACGGGUAUCCGGAUCUGCUGUACGAUCAGAAGUCUUGGAUCGCUUUGAACACUGGCAGCUUCUUGUUUAGGAACUGCCAGUGGUCUUUGGAUCUGCUUGACGCUUGGGCUCCUAUGGGCCCAAAAGGCCCGAUCAGGGAAGAAGCCGGGAAGGUGCUAACGGCUUAUCUCAAGGGAAGACCGGCUUUCGAGGCGGAUGAUCAGUCUGCGUUGAUCUAUCUUUUGCUUUCGGAGAAGUACAGGUGGAUGGGGAAAGUGUUUGUGGAGAAUCAGUACUAUCUUCAUGGGUUUUGGGAAGGGUUGGUGGAUAGGUAUGAGGAGAUGAUGGAUAAGUAUCAUCCGGGGUUGGGAGACGAGAGGUGGCCCUUUGUGACUCACUUUGUGGGGUGUAAACCGUGUGGGAGUUAUGCGGAUUACGCGGUGGAGCGGUGCUUGAAGAGUAUGGAGAGAGCUUAUAACUUUGCGGAUAAUCAGGUGCUGAAGCUUUAUGGGUUUGGUCAUAGGGGGUUGUUGAGUCCUAAGAUCAAGAGGAUCAGGAAUGAGACAAUAUCUCCGUUGAAGUUUGUAAACAGGUUUGAUAUUAGGAGAGCAGCGCCGCUUAAGAUUGAAGCAAGGAGCUAGCAAGUUUUGUUUCUGUUAUGUUUGUGUAAGUCAUGGAGUAACUCUGGACUUGAUGUUUUAUAGAUAGAGAGAAUAACUUGCAAAAGAAUAUAAACAAGAGACAAAAGAAUCAGUAGUCUAUUACAA